GCCCGCAGCUGGCACUGCAGGCGGUGGCCGGGGGAAGCGGCUGCUCCGGGGAGUCUGAUUUCCAGCCCUGUUUAUUAAUAACCCCUCUCCGCCCCAUGCUAAGCCCAUGUGCAGCGCAGAGCCGGCGGCGCUGGGCUCCAGGGGAGGAAGGAACCUGAUGGCACAGCCCGAGCCCCCUCCAGAGCUGCAGCUGGAUGAAGCCAGAGCAUCCCCUGCCCCAGAGGGAGCAGCGGAAGGAGCUGCUCCAGCCCCAGAAUGUCCCCACGCCCCGUUGGAUCCAGUGGGGAACGGAUCUAAACCCCUGCACAAGGGCAGCCCAGAGUCCAGCCAGGAGCUGCAGGCUGCCAGCAGGGAUCCUUCCUUGGAGAUAAACACACCAGGGACUCAGCUGGAUGAGGGUGCAGCCGGGGCUGGGAUCCCCCUGGACGUGGAUGUGGCAGAAGUCCCGCUGGACGUGGAUGCAGAUGGGACAGGAAUCCCACUGGACAUGGAGGCAGACGGGGUAGAGAUUCCACUGGACGUGGAUGAAGGUGGGACAGGGAUCCCACUGGAUGAGGAUACAGCAGGAAUUCUGCUGGACGUGGAUGAAGGUGGGACAGGGAUCCCACUGGAUGAGGAUACAGCAGGAAUUCUGCUGGAUGUGGAUGAAGGUGGGACAGGGAUCCCACUGGAUGAGGAUACAGCAGGAGUCCCACUGGAUGUGGAUGAAGGUGGGACAGGGAUCCCACCGGAGGAGGAUGCAGAUGGAGCAGGGAUCCCACUGGCCAUGGACACAGACAGGGCAGGGAUCCCAGACAAUGCAGAUGGAGCAGGGAUCCCUCUGGACAUGGACACAGAGGGAGCAGGCAGCCCUCUGGACGCUGGUGCCACAGAGCACCAGUGCCUGACCCUGGAAGAGCUGGGGAAUUAUUUCCAGGAGUGCAUUGAGGUCGUGGAGCAGCUGGAGAGGGAGAGGGACAGGCUGAUCGCCGAGCUGGCCCAGCUGCGGGAGCCGGCGCUGCAGGAGAUCCGCCAUGCCCACGAGGAGAUCCAGGCAGCCUGCAGGCUGCUGGCCAAGGUGGAGCUGGAGAGGGACAACCUGCGGGAUGAGAUCCGCCAGAUCAAGCAGAAGCUCUUCAAGGUGACCAAGGAAUGCGUGGCCUGCCAGUACCAGCUGGAGAGCCGGCGGCACGACCUCUCCCAGCACGCCGCCUACCAGGGCGAGCUGGAGAGCCAGGCCGGGCAGCUCUCGGGGGAGCUGUCCCAGCUGAAGGAGACCUGCGAGAAGGAGAAGGAAGUUCUGAGGCAGCGCCUGGAGGCUCCGCCCUGCCGGCAGGACAACCUGUACCUCCAGGAGAGCCGCAGGCUGUCCCUGGAGUUCGAGAGCUUCGUGGCAGAGAGCAGGCGGGGGCUGGAGGAGCACUACGAGCCCCAGCUGCUGCGGCUGCUGGAGCGGCGCGAGGCCGGGGCCAAGGCGCUGCAGGAGAUGCAGGGAGAGAUCCAGGGCAUGAAGGAAGCCCUGAGGCCCUUGCAGGGCGAGGUCAGCCGGCUGCGGCUGCAGAACCGCAGCCUGGAGGAGCAGAUUGUCCUGGUCAAGCAAAAAAGGGACGAGGAGGUCGGGCAGUACCGGGAGCAGGUGGAGGAGCUGGAGGACAGGCUGAAGGAGCUCAAGAACGGGGUCCAGCUCCAGCAGCGCAAGAACCAGGAGCUGGAGGAGCUCAGGACCAGCCUCCAUCGGGAGCUCUCCAUCUACAAGAGCUGCUUAGAAAUCUACGGCCACCUCUGCAAAUCGGAGGAAAAAGCAGAGCAGGACUCUUAGAACCACGGAAUUUUCCUCUUUGCAGCAAAAACCAGUGGACAGAGGAUACAAGGGAUGUCUCCUCGUGCUGCUUGACCCUGCCUGGUGUGCAGCAGCUGCCUGGAGCUGGGAAUACCAGACAAUCCUUUCCCUGGCUCUUUCCCCAGGUGCUGCUGCUGCUCCUGUAGUAAAACUGCUUUUCCCCAGAGGAGCAGAGCAAACAAUCUUAGUACUGAACAAUGGAGAUGGAUGAGGAAUAACUGAUUGAUGUUUUGCUGUGUUUGGGAAAACUCUUGUCUUGUUCCAGAUUGUUUAAGCCUGCACAGAAAGUUCUGGAAGCUGGUGUUGAGCGGGGGAGGGGGGGUUAAUUUUAAAGUUUACAUGCAAGAGAAGCUUUCUCCUUUGAAGAGGAUUUUCUUUUGUAUUUCAAGAGUUUCUGCUGUACUGGGACAUGCUCCACAGAAAUGAGGUGGUGGGGAAGAGGUUUCCACUUUAUAUUGAGUCUCACACUGAAAAUAAAAGGUCAGAGUUUAA